AUUGCUGUCGUCGCCAUCAUAUCCGCCGUCGCCAAAGCAGCAGCAGCCGCCGGCGGUGAAUGGCUACCGCUACAGGAUCCAAAGGCGAAGCACGUGAAGGAUAUGGCUGAGUUCGCGGUGUCGGUUCACAACGACAAGUAUCUCAACGAUCCACUUGACCUUUACCGCGUGGACGGCGGCGAGUACCAGAAACUCUCCGACGGCUCGACGAACUACCGGCUUCGUGUGGUCACGGUCGGCGACGAGUCGUCCCUGCACCCGUCGGGGAUUCAAAACUGGACGGCGAUCCUCCACGAGCUGCCCUCCGGCGAAGUGCAACUUGUGUCGUUUGAACAUUCAUUCAUGAUUAGUAAAUAGCAUUUUGUACUCACUGUACUAUAAUAAAUUGACAAACGUAUCUCUAAACUAAAUUUUUACACAAACAUAUCCUUCUAAUAUUAAAACGUAACAAGUUUACCCUUCCA